AUGAAGUGCCAGAACCCCUUCUCCUUCAAGCCUUUGCAGGUCACCUUUUGGACCACGGUCACAUACCUGGCCCUCUUCAUCCCGCUCAUCUAUGUCCACGAGCAUGUCCCGGCAGCCCCGUCGGAUGGGACCUUUUAUCGCGGUCCCGAUGGCAUCAACUUGACCGAGGCAUGGCAGCAGCUUCAGAAGAUCACGGAGCACUUCCACCCCUUCAACAGUCACCAGAAUGAUGACGUGCGCCAGUAUCUGAUCGACCAGUCCAAGUUGAUCCUCAAAAGAAACAAAAUCGCAUUCUCAGUUGACAAGUGCGAUGGAACCCCAGCCACACCGGAAAACCAAUUGGACGAUGCGCCAGCUCCCCAGUCCGAGCUCGUGACUCUUUUUGACGAUGAGAUCGCCAACGUCACCAAGGUGCUGGGGAAAGAAGGCGCAUCGUAUUUUGAGGGCACCAACUUCUACAUCUAUAUCCGGGGCGCCGAGGAUUCUGAUGGCGAUUGGUGGAAUUCGGAGUCUUCUCACAAGAGAACCCAUAGAAAGGGCGGCGUGCUCGUCAACUGUCACUUUGAUUCGGUUUCCACCGGCAAAGGUGCUACUGACGAUGGCAUUGGCUGUGUUAGCAUGCUUCAGCUUCUGAGCUAUUUCACCAUCAAAGGCCAUCAACCCAGGAAUGGAAUUGUCCUGUUGUUCAACAAUGUCGAAGAAGACGGCCUUCUUGGGGCUGAGGCAUUUGGUCAGAGCCCACUCUCGCAAUUUGCCCAUACCUUUGUCAACCUCGAGGGAGCUGGAGCAGGCGGCCGCGCUAUUCUUUUCCGUGCCACCGAUCUUGAGAUCAGUCAGGCGUAUGGUAAAAGUCCUCACCCGUUCGGCUCCGUUAUUGCCGGGGACGCCUUCAAACGCGGUGCCAUUAAGAGCCGGACCGACUACGGAAUCUUCAACGACGUUUAUGGCAUGCGAGGAUUGGACAUUGCUUUCUACGCGCCGAGAUCACGGUACCACACCAAUGAGGAUGACACUCGUCACACCUCGGUCGAUAGUGUCUGGCAUAUGCUCUCUGCGGCGUUGGCGUCCACUGAGUCACUCUCACAGACCACGAGCACGAAAUUCCAUGGCGACCGACCCGAUGGCGACCAGGACAAAGUUCAAAGCGGAAGACCUACGGAUGGCGUGUGGUUCGACUUCGUGGGGCGGGCUUGGGCGACUUUUGCGCUUAGAGGGCUCUUUGCGUGGUCUCUAUCCCUUCUUGUUGCGGCGCCCUUCGUGCUGCUUGUUCUCACUUACUUGUUGUGUCGCAAGGAUAAGUAUUAUUUCUUCGCUGGUGAUAUCAAAAUUCACUCGGAGCUUAACGAGGAUCCGGUGCGGAUUGGUGGCUGGAAGGGAUUGCUCCGGUUUCCGAUAACCUUCAUCAUUGCUACUGGAAUAACCUUCGCUUUCGCCCUUUUGGUUGCUAAGGUCAACCCGCUGAUCGUUUAUAGCAGUCCCUAUUCUAUCUGGGCUAUGUCUCUCUCGAUCUUCUAUUUCGUGUUUUGGCUGCUUCUACGAGGUUCUAGCUUUGUUCGACCAACCGCACUUCAGCGUGGGUUUACACUCGUUUGGUUGUUUGCCAUAGGCUGGGGGGUUCAGGUGCUUGCCGCUGUAGCAGAGGAUAGACUGAAGCUAGGAGGAUUCUACUUCACAGUGUUCCUACAGACUGCUAUCUUCGUGGCGCUCUUUAUAUCCUUGGCAGAGCUAUUCGUCCUUCCAUCUAAGAGGGAGUUUGCCAACCAGAUUCAUGAUGCGCACAUCGCCAAUGACCAUGCACCCCCAAAUCACGGCGAGGAGGACAAUCGGGCAGCGUCUGUUUCUGCAGAGCAUCAGCAUGACGACGAGGCUGGAGAGCAGGAAAAUGAAGAUGAGACAGCUGACGCGACGGAAACGACACCUCUCAGAGCUGGUGAACAAGGCUAUGGGUCGAACAACCAAACUACAUUUGCCAGCACUUACAGGCAGUCCGUUUCCCUUCCAUCGUCAGAUUCUUCACCCAAGCCUCGUCCCCAACCUUACGGCCAUGAACAGUCUUGGUCAGGACAUCUGCCAAAUUGGACUUGGUUUAUCCAAUUUAUCGUCCUGGCUCCCAUCCCAGUGUUGAUGAUUGGUAAUGUCGGCCUGCUCGCAAUGUCGGCAUUAGGAAAUACUGGCACUGAUGGUGGCAGUCUACUUGUCCCCAUUUUGGCCAUCUCAGCCGUGUCCAUCGUGCUGCUUCUUCCUAUAACCCCCUUCAUUCACCGUGUCACCCACCAUGUACCUCUAUUCCUAUUGUUGGUAUUCAUUGCAACUCUUAUUUAUAACCUUGCGACCUUCCCUUUCUCGGUUAACAACCGAUUCAAGUUCUAUUUCCACCAGGUUGUCGACUUGAACGAUGAUACCAAUACAGUUUCACUCUCCGGUCUGAAUCCGUUCAUUCACAAUGUUGUUUCGAGUUUGCCAAGCACCGCCAAUCAAAAACUCAAUUGCAGCCCAGGAGGAAGAGGCAAAAACUCGCAUGUAUGCCGCUAUGAUGCUUCUUCUUUGCCUCUCAACUUAGUGAGCGGUGUGAAAGUAGAGGAGCUCCUCAAGGUUACAGUCCCCGAGUCUUUUGAUGGGUCAUCCGUUGACGUGGUGGUCGAUGCUGUGGACUCACGUCUCUGUUACCUGGAAAGUUCCAUUCCCAUUUCAGGAUUCACAGUUGAGGGCGCAGGGCCUUUACAGGAGCGCUUCGGAGGGAAAAUACAAGACAGUGGUGUGAAACGAAUCGACUUAUGGCGACGGGACCGGAGCAGGCCCUGGAAAUUGAACCUGAAGCUUAAAGCCAAGGAGCUUUCGGAGGAGGCUAGCGAGCAUGAAGAUCCAACAGCAGAUGACCGAGACGAGCUCAAACUCCGAGCCGAGACAAAUGCUCUCGCAGAUGAUUCAUUGGUUGUGACUAUUCGCUGCGCAUACAGCGACGCAAACGAGCCUACGACAAUCCCAGCCCUAACUGAGCUUCAUCGGUACAUGCCCCCGUGGGCCGCAGUCACCAAAUUUUCAGCAGGACUCGUGGAGAUACAAAAGAAUUUCACAAUUCGGAGCGCUGGUGGCCAGGAGUGA